GCACAACUGUGGCUGGGGAGUCACUUCAGAUCAGGUGUAAGGAGAUAAUGGACGUUCCCGGUCCCAGGACCGUAGUUGUGUCAAUGGAGACCACUUCCAAACGGUUUUGCUGUAGAUCCAUGAGGCUGAUCUCUCCGGGGUACAGAGAAGAGCUCUACCACAUCCUGCGCAUGACCGGACCCCUGGUUGCUUCGCGCAUUCUGAAUUAUCUUCUGCCGUUUGUCAUAACAAUGUUCUGUGGUCGCUUGGGAAACAGUGUGCUGGCUGGUUAUGGAAUGGCCUCAGCUGUGAGUUUGUUUCAGGCAUUUAUCCUCCGCUGCAGUGUUACAUACCCCCGUAAAGAAAAUCAAAGCAUUGGUACGAUAAACAUCACAACAGCAGCUACGGGAGGAGGUCUAGCAUUAGCAGCUGAUACUCUUAUCUCACAGACGUUUGGUGGGAAGAACCUGCUGCAUGUUGGUGUGAUCCUGCAGAGAAGUGUGUUGAUUCUCCUGCUCUUCUGUCUGCCCUGUUGGGCUUUACUCAUCAACACCCAUCCCAUUCUUCUGCUGCUGGGACAGGACCCGGAAGUGGCCAGGAUAGCUCAACUCUAUGUGGUCUUUUACCUGCCAGCAGUUCCCGCUAUGUUUUUACAUCAGUUGCAAGUGGCCUAUCUCCAAAACCAGGGUGUGAUUCUGCCUCAGAUGUAUGCAGCCAUUGCAGCCAACAUUGCCAAUGUGUUGACAAACUACAUCCUUCUUAACUGGUUAGACCUUGGAUUAUAUGGCUCCGCUGCUGCUAACACCAUCUCACAGAUCUAUAUUUGUGCUUUCCUGUUUUUAUAUAUGUACUGGAAGAAGCUGCACAUCUACACGUGGGGAGGCUGGUCAUGUGACUCGCUGCAGGAGUGGGAUGGAUACAUGAAACUGGCCAUCCCCAGUACAAUGAUGAUGUGCUUUGAGUGGUGGAUUUAUGAAGUUGGAGGAUUUUUAGCAGGCAUGCUGAGCGAGUCGGAUCUUGCGGCUCAACAUGCAGUCAUUAUGCUGGCUUUUAUAAACUACAUGUUUCCGCUUGGGAUUCAAGGUGCUGCAUGUGUUCGUGUAGGUAACGCGCUUGGAGCUGGAGAUACUGCUAGAGCAAUCCGCACCUGCAAAGUGUCCCUCACCUGCACAGCUGCUUUGGCUGUUUUGCAAGGUCUUGUAUUAGUAUCCACAAAAACAGUGAUUGGUUUCUUAUUUACAUCAGACAGGCAUAUUGUGGCACUUGUUUCCAAACUCCUGAACAUCUACUGCAUACUUCAGUUUUUUGAUGGCCUUGUUUGUGUCAGCAUGGGUAUUCUGCUCGGCUCUGGACAGCAGAAGAUCGCAGCUAUAGCUAACUUCUUUGGAUAUUACUGCAUCGGACUUCCACUCGGCAUUUCUCUCAUGUUUGCGGCAAAAUUAGAAGUCAUUGGCUUUUGGCUCGGGCUGCUCAUCUGCGUCUGUGUGCAGUCCAGCUUUUUCAUCGCAGUCAUUUUUAAACUUAACUGGGAGAGAGUGACAAAAGAGGCAGUUGAACGGGCCAGAAAGAGUAAAGUCUCGGACGUGACAACAGCGAGACACAGUGAGAAUGGGGAUGACUACAUUGCUGUUAGUUCUCGAGAUGAGGAUGAAAGACACAGCAGUUCUGUCGUACAUGGGGGUCCGGGAGUGAUUCAGGAAAAGGAAGAACCCACAGGUCUGCUCCCGAUUUCUCAGAUCAUCCUAAGGAGGGGUCUGACUACCCUGGCUGCUCUUCUCAUCCUAGCUGCUGGGAUUGCUGUUCAUCUCAAUGUGCCCUUACCGAAAGUGUCUUAUGGAGCAAAUGCGACUCUGGACUCAAACAUUACCACAACUUCACCCAUCAUGCGUUCAGCUUCAGUAUCAGUUUGACACCAGAACACUGUUAAUGUAAAAGUGUUCAUGUUGCUUGUAAUGAUCACUGCAGUACCUCAGUUGAGAGCUAUUGAGAACAAAUGAGAAAUGUCUUUAGUAAAGACCCUAGUAAUAUCACAUGUGUCUCUUCUAGAUUUACAAAUCUUAACAAUAUUCCAAACUGUGAUCAUAUUUGACAAGAUAACAAAAUACGUAAUGAAUAUUCUGACAUUUCAAUCUGAACUCGAGCAUUUCCAUUAAACUCUUGUUAAACAAAAUGAUCAAUCCUUUGUUUUAUAGAGUUAUAUUAUUUUGUUUAUAUCCAUACUAUUAAAAAUUGGUUGCAAUAUCAGAUAAAGAUAAAUCCAUAAAUGCAAACAUUGCGUCAUUGUAGAAUGAAACAAAAAUGAUAAUUCUACUUAAACAUGCACCGAUAAAGAAUAGAAGUCUUACUUGUCUUAGUCUUACUUUUUCUGUGGCUGUUGUUAUGUGGUAUUGUUGCAUUAUUAUUAACAAUCAUUGCAAUUGUAAUUAUUGCUAAUGAUGUUUUGACAUAUUUGACAAUGAUUGUCAGGGAAUCAUUGGCAGUGAAAUAAUUGUUAUCUUCCUCUCCCCUUUUGAGAAUUGUGAAGCAGAAAAUCAUUUUGUGGUCACCUUGAAUAAUCAAAUCUCUGUCUGCCUGUAAAAAUCAGGGAUUCGAAGCCUUCCAUUAUUUUACCUGCGACUGGUGGUACACUAAGUUUUUGGCAUAAGUAGUCCUUUCAAUUAAUAAUGAAAUUAUUACAGUACAAAGCAUCUUUUACAGUGAUUUAUAUGUCUCAGUGUUGCGUAACUUGCAGCAAUAUAUUAUUACAUUUACAGAUAACAUUUGAAGGAUUUUUGUCUUACGGGAAUCUUGUUUUACAUGAAUUGUUUUCGAAAACAUUGAAUUAAAGGAGAAUAAAAAUAAACAAUGA